AUGGAUUCAAAGCGGGCACAUUCACACAGUGAAGCUGAAAGUAGCCGAGGAGGAGGAGGAGGCAGCAGCGGUGACUCCAGCUGCGGCAGCCCGGCGUCCCCCUCCCGCAGCCCGGCCCCCUCCUCCCGCAGCCCGGCGUCCCCCUCCCGCAGCCCGGCCCCCUCCUCCCGCAGCCCGGCGUCCCCCUCCCGCAGCCCGGCCCCCUCCUCCCGCAGCCCGGCUCCCUCCUCCCGCAGCCCGGCCCCGGCGCUGCUCCCCGGGGGAAACGCGUUCGCCAACGACGGCAGCUUCAUGGAGAUGUUCAAGAAGAAGAUGGAGGAGGAGCAGAGGAAAAAAGAGACAUGUGGAGGAGCGAGUGCCACCGAGCAGGGACAGACACCAGUGGAAAAGAAGCCCCCUCCCGUGGCGAGCUUUGUGGGGAAGCGCAGAGGCGGUGUGUUCCUAAAGACCGGCAUGGUUGAGAAGAAGCUGAAAAAUGACUCAGAAGCGGUUCCAGGCAAGAGCGAUGCUUGGUCAAAGUACAUGGCUGAGGUGAAAAAGUACAAAGCUCAUCAGUGUGGUGACGACGAUAAAACCCGGCCGCUGGUCAAGUAAGGUUUUCCAAAACGGGGGAAGCGACAAAAGUGUCUGAGGAGGAUACCGUUCUGGGAGACGCUCCGGGAGAGCUGGCCGCGAUCCGGAUCCUUCUCACACUGCCAGUCCACCUUCACGUCGACAAACUGCUUCGAUCAACUCUCAGUUUUUCCUUGUUUUUUUUUGUAUUGUUUUGUGUUGCUGGUCAUUUGAUCUGGUGUCAAACGGUGUUUUCACAUUUUCAUUAUUGUUGCAUAUUUUCUAAUUUGUCAUGUCUGGGAUUAGGUCGGUGUUCUUUCAGAUAAUGAUUUGAUUUAAUGAGCCAGACGAAAGGUUUGAAUUAAAUCUACACUGCCCUUUCA